AUGAUCGCUCGCACGAUUUGCCCACGCGCAGCUACCCGAGUCUGCCGACAACUUCGUCUUAUUCAUUUAGCGACAAGAAUGGCAGCCCCCGGUUAUCGACUUGAACGCGACACUUUUGGCGAACUUCAAGUACCCAAUGAUCGUUAUUAUGGAGCGCAAACGGCAAGGUCAAUGAUGAACUUCAAAAUCGGUGGCCCCGAAGAGCGAAUGCCCCUUCCAGUUGUGCACGCGUUCGGAAUCUUAAAAAAAGCGGCCGCUAUUGUGAACGCCGACUAUGGAUUGGACAAGAAAAUCGUUGACGCCAUUUCUCAAGCCGCUGAUGAGGUCGUUGCUGGGAAACUGGACGAUCACUUCCCGUUGGUUACUUGGCAAACCGGAUCGGGAACUCAAUCGAAUAUGAAUAUCAACGAGGUGAUCUCAAAUCGAGCGAUCGAGAUUUUGGGCGGCGAAUUGGGAUCGAAGAAGCCGGUGCAUCCGAAUGAUCACGUCAACAUGUCACAGAGCAGCAACGAUACUUUCCCCACUGCUAUGCACAUUUCAGUCGCAAGGGAGGUUAACUCUCGUCUUCUCCCUUCCUUGAAGAAACUCCGAGAAUCGUUGAACAAGAAAGCCGUUGAAUUUAAAGACAUCAUCAAGAUUGGACGAACCCAUACUCAAGAUGCGGUACCAUUGACUCUUGGACAAGAGUUCUCGGCAUACGUUCAGCAGGUUGACAACGGAAUUGCCCGAAUUCAAGGAACAUUGCCUCGACUCUACGAAUUAGCGGCUGGAGGAACCGCCGUUGGAACUGGCCUGAAUACGAGAAAAGGAUUUGCCGAGAAAGUUGCUGAUACUGUUUCCAAGAUCACCGGACUUCCAUUUGUAACGGCUCCCAACAAAUUCGAGGCAUUGGCUGCUCACGAUGCUUUGGCUGAGGUUCACGGUGCUUUGAAUGUGCUUGCGGUCAGCUUCAUGAAAAUCGGCAACGAUAUUCGAUUCCUUGGAUCGGGUCCACGAUGUGGUCUUGGAGAGCUUUCUCUUCCCGAAAAUGAACCCGGAAGCUCGAUCAUGCCUGGAAAAGUCAAUCCAACCCAAUGUGAAGCCAUUACGAUGGUUGCUGCUCAAGUGAUGGGAAAUCAGGUUGCUGUCUCUGUUGGUGCAUCAAAUGGACACUUUGAGUUGAACGUCUUCAAACCACUUAUUGUUCGCAAUGUUCUUCAAUCUACUCGUCUCUUGGCUGAUUCUGCCGUCUCAUUCACCGACAACUGUGUUGAGGGAAUUGAGGCCAACGUCGAUAACAUUGCCAAGAUCAUGCGCGAGUCACUUAUGCUUGUCACCGCUUUGAACCCACAUAUUGGAUACGACAAUGCGGCAAAGAUCGCGAAAACGGCACACAAGAACGGCACAACACUUAAAGAAGAAGCGAUUAAACUUGGUGUUUUGACUGCUGAACAAUUUGAUCAAUGGGUCCGUCCGGAGAACAUGCUUGGGCCGAAA